AUGGUAGCAUUAAAAAAUAAAAUAGCCGGACUCGAAUCCGAAUCCGAAGAUUAUCGUGAAACGUUAACAAAAGCAAUGCAUAAAUUAGAAAAAAUGGAUUCGAUAAUGAACGAAAAUAAUCUUUUAAGAGAAAAAUUAAAAUAUUCCGAAGAAACGAUUAAAUAUUUAGAAGAGAAAAAGAAAGAAUUAGAAAAAGAAUUGAAAUUAUUUAAAAGAACGACGGAAAAUACGGAAACGGAUGAAAAACAAAAUUGGGAUAAAAAAUGCAUUUUGGAUCGCGGUGAUUGUGAUAAAAUCGUUCGUUUAUCAUCGGAAAAAAAAUUAUUAAUCAUUCAAAUAGAAGAAUUAAAAAAAGAAUUGGAAAUUGCUAGAAUAAAUUCAAAGGAAAUCGAAUCCCUGAGGAAAAUAUCGGAAAACACGACUAAUAAUUUACAAGAAUUAAUUAAAGAAAAUGAUUGUUAUAAGAAAAAAUUAGAAACUAUGAAAUUUUUAGAAAAACAUAUCGAAGAUUUAAAAAAACAAGCUCAAAUGUUAACGGAAAAAUAUAAAAAGGAAUCUCAAAAAGCAAACGAACAUUUAAUGCAAAUAAAUAUAAAUACAAAAGAAUUACAAUUAUUAAGGGAUGAACGUGAUAGAUUACAAUUAAGGGUCGAUGAACUUUUAACAUACGAAAAUCAAUUUUUAUCACUUCAAUCGAAAUUACAUCAAGUCGAAAUCAUUCUCGAUGAAAAUGAAAUGCUUAAUAAAAAAUUGAUACAUUUGGAUAGGUUGGAAUUGGAAAAUGAACAUUUGAAAAUGAAAAUCGAACAAUAUAAAAGUAUGGAAAUGCAAUCGAAUCAGGAUAAAGAAAAAAUAAUACAAUUGCAAUGUGCGAUAGUUGAUCAAGAAGAAGAAAUUAAAAAAAUGGUUCGUCACAUGGAACAAUUAACAGAAGGGUAUUCGGAUAAAAAUGAAAUAUAUAAAUUAAAAAGUGAAUUAGAUGAGAAAAAUAUUAUUAUUAAACAAUAUGAGAGACAAAUAUCCGAAAUACCAAUUUUGGAAUGCGAAAUAGAAGAAUUAAGAAAUAAAUUACAAAAAUGUAUCGACGAUUUUAAAAUUGAUAAGGAUUUACUGAUAAGGUUGCAAGAAGAAUUGGAAGCGUGUCAAACAAGAUGUCACGACCUGGAAGAAUCGACAUCGGUUUAUCCAACGGAAUCCACACAAUCACAAUCCGAUGAAUUUACCGAAACCGAACCUUUGGAAUGUAAUGAUGAUAAUGAUGAUGAUAUGAAAGAUUUAAAUAACGACUCGUCGUUAAAAAUGGAAGAUUUAACGUUAAAAUUAUCGAAUGAUGUUAAUUUAAAUGAUUUAAUAAAUGAAACAAACGAAUUAAAACAAUUGUUACGGGUGAAAGAAGAGAAAAUUAACGAUUUGGAAACGGAAAUAAUAAAUAUAAAUAAAGAAUUGAAAAAAUAUUAUAAUUACGAGGAUAUAAAACGUUAUAACGAAGAUUUAGAAUACGAAUUAAAUAAUAUAAAAAAAAUAAAUAAGUUAUUGGAAGAAGAAAUUGAAUUGAGACGAGAUUCGGCGGAAAAAUCUCAAGAUUUGGAAAAAACGUUAAUAAUAGAAAGACGAGCGAAAAAUUUUCUAGCAAAUCACGUUAAAGAAUUAGAAAGGAAAAUUUUAAUGGAAGAAAAUAAGAAAAAAAUUGAAAGGAAAAUAGAAAAAUUAAAAAAAGAAGAAAUGAAUUUAAUUCAAAGGAAUUCGAAUAAAAAUUUCUACGUUGAAAUAAUCAAUUUGAAUAACGUAUUAAAUUUAUCGAAAAAAUUAAUAAGAGAAUUAAAAAAAGAAAAUAAAAUUUUGGUUGAAAUUAACGAUAGAGUGGAAAAUGUGGAAAUUAAAUUUUUUAAAAAUUUAAUUAAAAAUUUACGUGUUAAAAUAAAAUGUUUUAAAUAUUUAUUAAAACCGGAAAUACAAACGGAAUAUCAUUUUCUCAAUGAAAAAUUUAACGGUCUCUCUAUGGAAACUGAUCGUUUGAUUUUCGAAAUAAAUGAUUUGAAAUAUUCGUUGGAAUGUGAAAAAAAAAAUAAAGAAAUUUUAAAAUGUGAAUUGAUGAAAAUUCAACGUGAAAUAUCAUUAUAUGUGACAGAAGAAAAUAAUGUCAUGGUACAAGAAUUGAAAUGUAAAAAUGAUGAAAUAGAAGAAAUGAAAAAAAAAUUAGAAAAUGUCGAAAUUAAAUAUAAAAAUUCGUGUGAGGAAAUUGAGGAUUUAAAAAAGGAAAACGUGACGUUGAUGAAGGAUUUUAAUGAAGAAAAAGAAAAUUUAAAUAAUAAAAUAAACGAGCUGGUGGAAGAAUUAAACGAACAUAAAAAUUUAAAAAAUGAAUUAAAUGUUUUAUUGGAACAAAUACAAGAACAAAAAAAUAUAGAAAAUGAAAUGAAACAAAUAAAUAUUGUUUUGGAAGAGGAAAAGGAAACGGGUUUAAAAGAAUUAACGACGGAAAAAGAAAAAAUAAAAUUAAUGGAAGAUGAAAUAGAAAAAUUUAAAAACGAAUUAGAAAAGUUUAAAAAUAUGGAAAAUGAAAAAAAAAAUAAUUUGGAGAAUAUAAUUGAAAAUCACGAAAAGACUUUGGAACUUAAAGAAAAUAAAGAAAAUGAAUUAUUGAUUGAAAUUGAAAAUUUAAAAAAAAAUUUAAACGAAUACGUUGAUAAUUUAACGGAAAGUAAAAAACAAGAGGAAAAUUUAAUCGGAAAAUUGGAAGAAUCGGAAAAAAGGUUUAAAUGUCAAGAGGAUGAAAUGAAAAAUAUGAAAGAUGUUUGUGCGGUUUUAAAUAAUGAAAUAAAUAAAAAAAAUUCGGAAAUCCAAGUACUCAAAUCGAGAUUGAUGGAAAAAAAUAAAAGAGAGGAAAAUUCGGAAAAUGAUAUAAACGUUAAUUACGAAUUAGAAAAAAAUUCAUCUUUAAAUGAAAAAUUCGAAUUGGAAGAAGCAUUGAGAAAAAUGGAAAACGAAUUAGAUGAAAUUAAAUUAAAAUUAAAAGAUUGUAAAGAAAUGGAAGAUGAAAUUACAUCGCUUAAAAAUAAAAGGGAUUCCCUGUUGGAAAAAUCAAACAAUUCGGAAAACGAAAUAAAUUUGUUAAAAAAUAAAUUAAUCGAUUAUGAUAAUGUUAAAAAUGAAUUGGAAUUAUUGAAAAAUAAUAUCAAAAUCGAUUCGGAUUCCGAACAAAAAUUAUAUAACGAAUAUUUAAUUUUACAAAAAGAAUUAAAUGACGAAAGAGAAGAAAUUGUUAAAUUAAAAGAAAAUAACGAAAACCUUCAAAACGAUUUGUUAAAAGCAGAAAACUUAUUGGAAGUAUCUAAAAAAUUACAUAAAAACGUUUCACAAAUACAAAUAAUGUCGUCUUCUGCUGAAUUUUUCACUCCUCCGACACUUCCAUCACCCAAAUCCUCACAAAACGAUAACGAAUUCGAAUGCGUUAUAUCAAUGAAAAUACAUAAAAAAGAAUUAAACGAUUUGGAAAAUGAUUUUAAAUUAAAAAUAAAAAAAUUAAAAGAAAGAAAUGCGAAAAAAGUUAAAAAACUCACGGCCUUCCAUGAAAAAGAAGGGAUUUGCAGAACGAAAGCUUUUCACGAAAGUAUUAAUAGUAUUAAAUCGAGUUAUGAAAACGGUAUAAGAAAAUUAGUUGAAAAACAUAAGAUAAGCAUAACGAAGCUGCAAGAAUUACACGAAGAAGAAGUCGAAGAAUUGAAUAAAAAUACGAAAGAAAUGAAAUUGGAUUCCGCGGAAAAGAGUAAAAAAAUGACGGCCGAACAUAAAAAAGAAUUAUUAGAAAUGGAAAAAAAAUACGAAGAUUUAUUAAAAGAAAAAGAUAUACAAAUUCAAACUGCGAAAUUAUCCGUUGAAUCAUCCGUUACUCAAAACACGAACGACAUGCAAGAAGUUCACAAGAAGGCGGUGGAAAGUUUAACGGAAUUUUAUAAAAAAAGCAUGUUGGAAUUGGAAGAAAAACAUUCGAAAGAAUUAAACAAAUGUAAAAAAAUUAAUUUAAAAAGAACGGAAAUUAUGAAAAAUAAAUAUGAAGAUUUACUAGCAGAAGAAAGGAAAAAAUACGAAGAACAACUUGAAGAAAUGCUUAACAAUUUAAAAAAAGAACUUAUAUUGGUUCAUAGCAAGACAUGUUUUUCACCAGAAUGUUCAUCAGAUCAUGAUGAAAGAGGAGGUGGUGAAUUUGACAGAAUCGGUGAUGAAUGUAAGCAUAAAGUCCUGAUGAAUGCUAAAAGAGAAGAUUUAUUAAGAAGAAUAUUCACGCUGGAACUUGUUAAUAUGGAAACGGCAGAAAAAUAUAGAAUACAAGAACUUAAAAAUGCAUUGUCAGAAGCACGACAAAAAAAUUCCGAAUUGAGAAAAAUUAUAUCAAAUCAAACAAAAUACAAAAUGGAUGACAAAAUAGAAAAAUAUUCAAUAAUUGAGGGUCAGGAUUCGGGAAAUCUACCCAACGACGAGUCCGACGAAAGAAAAGAUGUAGAAAUUAGUAGUACAGCAAAAGAUAAAAAAUUAUUAGAAGAAGAAUUGAAAAAGGAAAAAGAAAAUGUUAAAUAUUUAAAAGCGUUUAUUGAAACGGAAAAGGAAAAGCAUAAAACUCAAAGGAAAAGAGAUUCGGAUUACGUCGAAUCGAUAAGAUUAAGAUUAGAAGAAGCAUUAAAUCACGAACAAAUAAUGGAAUCGCAAUUGGAAUACGAAGCUAAAUUCAGAGCUAAAUUAGAAUACGAAUUGCAAUCUUUACAAAAAAGUUUUAAUCUUAUAACGGAUUUACCUUUUGGUACUUUACCCGUUGAUUCAAAGGCCGUUAAGGAUUUAAAAAAUUUUGAUCAGUGUGAUAUAACAAACAAAGAAGAAUUACAAAAUAAAACUAAAAGUAGGCAUAAAACCUUUAGUGGAAAAGGUCUUAAAAAACUUUCCUUUAAAAACUAA